AUGAAGAAGAACAAGAAGAUUCAGAUAAUCUCUCCGAAUUCUCCGUUGGAGCCCCGCGUGCCAAUCAAAUGGAUUACCACGAAAGACGAUCCGCUUUCACCGUUCUACUCAACAGAGACUGACACCAUACCACCGUUGGCCAAAUUGAUUCUGAAACGAACAGAGGUAAUUCCAAUGAGAUGUCAAGCCGAUGACGAGUACAGGCGUGAGGCGUUCAACAUCACAAACACCAGUGAAGACGAGGAGUACAAAGAUAGACGCGAAUGUCUUAUGUCGAACUGGGGAUCAUGGUCCUUGUGUUCAGCUACGUGUGGAAAAGGAAUUCGAAUGAGAAGCAGAGUGUUCGUCUUCCCUAUAAAGGCACGUUUGUUAGAAUAUGGAGGAAAAACUAUUUCGUGUUUGCGGCGGAGAAAUUAUUCCAUCACGUUCGAAUCCUUUCUCGCAAACCAAUUCCCUGUUAUUUGA